UCAAUCAAGAUGGCAGCCCACAUUGAUGACGAUGGCUUAGCUCCCCUCGAACCUUCUUUGCGCAAUAUUAUCGACCAGACUUCGUUGAAAUGGGUUUUUGUAGGCGGAAAAGGAGGAGUAGGGAAAACUACUUGCAGUUGCAGUCUUGCCAUUCAGCUGUCCAUGCAUCGGGAGUCGGUUCUCAUCAUAUCCACGGACCCCGCCCAUAACAUCUCCGACACCUUCGACCAGAAGUUCUCCAAAGUGCCGACGCAGGUCCGUGGUUACACCAACCUCUUCGCCAUGGAGAUUGACCCCAACCUGGGCAUGCAUGAACUGCCGGAUGACUAUUUUGAAGAUGGCAGUCCUUGGGCAGUCGGUAAGCAGAUGAUGCAAGAACUCAUGGGUGCAUUCCCUGGCAUUGACGAGGCAGUCAGCUUUGCCGAAGUCAUGAAGCUGGUGAAGAACAUGAAUUUCUCGCUUGUCGUCUUCGACACGGCGCCUACCGGUCACACUCUCAGGCUGUUGUCCUUCCCGGCGUUGGCAGAGAAAGGACUGAGUAAAUUGCUGCAACUCAAGAACCAGUUCAACCCCUUCAUCCAGCAGAUUGGUGGUAUGCUUGGUCUGCCAGAUAUCAGUGCUAAUGAGGUCCUGGGCAGACUGGAAGACACAGUGCCAAUAAUCAAGGGUGUCAGGGAAGCCUUCAACGAUCCGGAUAAGACAACGUUUGUCUGCGUCUGUAUCGCUGAGUUCCUGUCUCUCUACGAGACGGAGCGCUUGGUCCAAGAGCUGGCCAAGAACAACAUUGACACCCACAACAUCAUCGUCAACCAGCUUUUGGUACCUGAGGAAAAAGAGAACAUGAAGGCAUCCUCAAUGUGUAAGAUGUGUGGCGCUAGGAUCAAGAUGCAGAACAAGUACCUGGACCAGAUUGAGGAUCUGUACGAAGAUUUCCACAUUACUAAACUGCCGCUGCUGCAGCACGAAGUGCGGGGCCAAGAGAAAGUGGCCGACUUCUCAACGAACUUGAUCGUGCCGUACGGGAGUUUUCGGAAGAACGCUGACGCUGGUAAUACAUGACGCACUGAUCCAACAGGGAAAGCUUUAUUUGAGAAUUGCACAAGGGUAAUAACGAGAAAACCGUAUUGUCUUUGUAGGGGGUCCGUGCAUAGAUAGGGCAUUGUAGGGCGCUUUCUUGGUCUGGCACCCAACUUUUCCUCAGAUCCGCUGAUUUCCUCGUUUUUUACUUCUCAUGAAUGCCAUUACGAAUUGAAAAAUACUGUACAAAGUCAUGUGUGUUUUGGAGUUUCCUUAUUUUUAAGGCCGGAGCUUCUUCAUUUUUCUUGGUAGUCGGUCCGUCGGUCGGUCUGUCCCCCCAAAUUUGACCAAAAGUAUGGUGUUCCACAUGUGCCAUUGGCGUCACAUUUUUCGGCGUGGCAUUUUUCAGCUCUUGGCAGUGAUCAUUUUGAACGAUUUCAUGCGAGACUUUCAUGCAAGACUUCUUGCAACACGGCCAGAGCUUACUGUGCACUCGCACUUGUUUUCUAAAUUGUGAACCCAUUUAGUUCCUGUACCGCCCCAAACCGCCCAAAACUUUGUAUGAAAUUGCAUGGAAAGGACACGUGAACCACCGAAAUAUCAGGGUCCUUAACUUACUUUGAAGAGCGCCCUCUUUAGAGUGUGCACGGAGCCCAAUAACUUAGAUAUUGACUUCACUACCUCCCUGUGUGGCAACUACACACCAUAUUUGUAUAUAAGCAGGUUUUUAGAACAAAUCAUUUCUCAUCAUCUCUUUGGGUUAAUUUUGUAAAAAUAAAAACUAGUUCAAUGUACAUGUAUAGUUUGCGCUAUAUUUUCCUGUGUUUAUGAUAUCAUUACAUCAUUGCAUGUUCCAUGGAAAAUCUAUAUCUUCAACUUUACACAAAGUUGGCAAGUUUUAUAUUCAACCCCUCCCUACCCCCCCCCCCAAAAAAUAUCAUUCAGCUUAGUUACCAAGGCUGAGAGGUGUGACAUCAUAUUCCUAUAGACGAUUGACCAAUGGGAUUUAUAUUUAUUUAGUGGAUUUGCUCAUAAAUACGUAUGAGGUGUAUUGAGGUAAGCUGCAUGUUCAAAAUCAGUUACUAAAGAACGGAAAUAUAAUGUGCGUUUUGCAAAACAGAAAAUUUCUUUCUCAAAUAUUAAAAAAAUACAUAUAAUAUGCCUGUAAUCGGAAUCACUUUUAAGGUGAGCAAGGGAAAGUAAUCAGCUUUAGAACUGUAUAGGUUUUAUGUUAAGAAUGUGAAAAAUAACGCUGUUAUCUCCAAUAAAAUAAUUGAACAAAAAACAUUA